AGCCCUGCAGCGAGUCAACGAACAACUACCGGUGGAGUGAGAGAAAAGGGAAACUCCCGUCUGUGUGUCUGUCACUCUGAACGAAAACAAACGUGUUGGAUUGAGUGCGCGCACGCUGUUGAAAUAAACGAGGCAACAAUGUCUGAGGGAGUUAUAACCAGAAUUAGUCUUCUUCUGCUCAUCAUCAGCUCGACAAUGGCCCAGGACUGUUCCGAUCCCUGUGACUGCCUGUCGGACACCCCUCCAUGCCCGUUUGGUACCAGUCUGGUUCUGGAUGGCUGUGGUUGCUGUAAGGUGUGUGCCAGGCAAGCCGGCGAGCCCUGUACCCUCCUGGAGCCGUGUGACCACCACAAAGAGCUUUACUGUGAUUAUGCAAUGCUGAGUGACACUGAGCACGGCAUCUGCAUGGCCCAGGAAGGCCAGACGUGUGACCUGGGAGGGGUCAUCUACCGCAGUGGAGAGACCUUCCAGCCCAGCUGCAAGCACCAGUGUGUUUGUAUGAACGGAGAGAUUGGCUGCGUGCCAACCUGUGCCAACAACGUGCUGCUGGCCUCUCCAGAUUGCCCGUACCCACAUCGCAUCCAGAUCCCUGGGAAGUGCUGUGAAGAGUGGGUGUGUGACCAGAGUCCUCAGGACAACCCCUACCAGUCAGCCAUGGCUGUCUACAGAGAGGAGUCAGCCCACGUGCCGGUCCCGGCGGAGAACCCCAGGGAGAACUGCAUCGUCCAGACCACCAAAUGGGACGAGUGCUCGGCCACCUGCGGCAUGGGCGUGUCGUCCCGCGCCACCAAUGACAACGAGCGGUGCCAGCUGGAGAGGCAGACCCGUGUCUGUAUGAUCCGGUCCUGCCAUGUGGAGCAAGAGAAGGAUAUCAAGAGGGGGAAGAAGUGUGUACGGACCCCCAAGUCCCCGCGCGGCAUUCGUUUCCAGCUGUCAGGCUGCAGCAGCAGCAGGAUCUACAAGCCCAAGUUCUGUGGCGUGUGUACGGACGGGCGCUGCUGCACCCCUCACACCACCGUCACCGCCGAGGUUGAGUUCCACUGUCCCGAGGGAGACACCUUCAGACGCAAGAUGAUGUUCAUCAAGACGUGCUCCUGUCACCACGACUGUCCACGAGACAAUGACAUCUUCCUGGCCUCGCACACACGCAGAAUGAUUGGGGACUAUGACAACGAUAUGUAACCGACAUGGCUGUCAUACGCACUGCACAGAUAACGUUACGUAUACACACACACACGCACGCACGCGCGUGCGCGCACGCGCACACGCACACACGCACACACACACACACACACACACACACACACACACAGGCACUGAUAAAACUCCUUCACAUCACUCCCCCACCACCCUCACACACUGAUAGGCAGCUCUUUGAAUUCCUGAACUCUGUCUCUACCUUACUACCCAUAAGCAUGUCAACCUGGUUGAAUUCCUGUCUCUACCUUACUGUCUCUACCUUACUACCCAUAACAGAAUGUGUGAUUUCAAGAUAUGAAGAAGUAGAGCAUGAGAUUUACUCUUUAGGUUUUAUUUUUUACAUUUAAUUUAACCUUUUUUUAAUGCGCAGCUCUAAAGUCACCUGGCUCUUUGAUUGGUCUGCCUAUAUGUCUAUAGAGAUACUGAAGGGUGGAUCUGCACUGAGGAGUCAAUGUUAGAGACAAUGUUAGGCAAGAAUAUAUUUAUAUUCACUGCUUAAUUGCCAUAGGAACAUGACAUGGUAGUGUACAGAUGAGAGGUAGGUAGCCUAUACCAGUGUCUCCCAACUCCGUACCCCCAACAGCACACAUUGUUGUUUUAGCCCAGGACAAAAACACCUGAUUCAACUUGUCAAGGGCUUGAUUAUUAGUUAACAAGUAGAAUCAGGUGUGCUUGUCCGGGGCCACAACAAAAAUAUUUAUUGUUGGGGGUACUGGAGGAUCGGACUUGAGAAACACUGGCCUAGGUUGAGGGCGCACUGAACGGAGAGGCACUUACUGAACCAAAUUUCACAUCUUGACAUACACUUUUAGAAUAUGACAUUUUAAAAAUAUAUUUUUCAUAUGUUAAAUAUGAACAAUACAGAAAUUGUUUGGAUAUAUUGUAGUACUGGUAUUUGCCUUGACAUCUGUAUAAUAUUGAGUGAAUAUAUAUAAUUAUAAUUAAGAAUGUCAAUAAUAUUGUUUACUGUUUAUUUAAAAAAUAAAAGAAGGAAUGACAGAAAGAAAUUUGGCAUUUAACGAAAACACCUUGUGUAAAUACUGAAAGACUGUGUACAGUUUAGUACUAUAAUUUAUUACCUGGUUGUUGUUUAAUUAAUAACACCAUGUUAAAGGUUGUUGUUUAAUUAAUAACACCAUGUUGAAGGUUAUUGUUGUUUAAUUAAUAACACCAUGUUGAAGUUUGUUGUUGUUUAAUUAAUAACACCAUGUAAUAACACCAUGUUGAAGGUUUGUGUUUAAUUAAUAACACCAUGUUGAAGGUUGUUGUUUAAUUAAUAACACCAUGUUGACGGUUGUUGU